CUGGGAACAGCGACCAUGCGCUCUCUUUACCGCGUGAGCGUGUGAUAGGCGGUUUUGAUCCACCAUGCCCGUUGCCAGGAGUUGGGUUUGUCGCAAGACAUACGUCACCCCCCGCCGCCCCUUUGAGAAGUCCCGACUUGAUCAGGAGCUCAAACUCAUCGGGGAGUAUGGUCUGAGGAACAAGAGAGAGGUCUGGAGGGUGAAGUUCACUUUGGCCAAAAUCCGUAAGGCUGCCAGAGAGUUGCUCACCCUGGACGAGAAGGACCCCAAGCGGCUGUUUGAAGGAAAUGCCCUGCUGAGGCGUCUGGUGAGGAUCGGCGUACUGGAUGAGGGCAAGAUGAAGCUGGAUUACAUUCUCGGCCUUAAGGUUGAGGACUUUCUGGAGCGCAGGCUGCAGACCCAGGUCUUCAAGCUGGGCCUGGCAAAGAGCAUCCACCAUGCCCGUGUGCUCAUCCGCCAGAGGCACAUUCGUGUCCGCAAGCAGGUGGUGAACAUCCCAUCCUUUGUGGUCCGCCUGGACAGCCAGAAACACAUUGAUUUCUCUCUGCGUUCUCCAUACGGUGGUGGACGCCCUGGCCGUGUCAAGAGAAAGAAUGCCAAGAAGGGCCAGGGUGGAGCUGGAGGUGCUGAUGAUGAAGAGGAGGAUUAAACUAUCUUCUGCAGGGAAGAUGUUUGAAAGCACUUUUCCCUCAACUUCUCAAUAAAAUUUGUUGACCAAA